AUGGGGUCGCAUGAGUUAGUUCCAAAUACAGAUCCAAUUUUAGAUGCAGAGGAAGAAUUAUAUUUUGGUAAUGAUGCCGACAUCCCUUCUCAUCCUCAUGUCGGUCCAAAUUCACAAGAGAAUAAUGAGGCAAUUCAACCUUUCCAAAACGACUGUGCUUGUGCCUAUUGUGGUAUAGAUUCUCCCAAAUGUGUUAUCAAAUGUAAUGUUUGUAAUAAAUGGUUUUGCAAUUCAAAGAAUGGAUCAAACAGUUCGCAUAUCAUCAAUCAUUUAGUAUUUUCGCAUCAUAGUGUCGUUUCUUUACACCCUGACUCAGAUUUAGGUGAUACAGUACUAGAAUGUUAUAAUUGUGGAAGAAAGAAUGUAUUUUUAUUAGGAUUUGUUUCUGCAAAAAGUGAAGCUAUAGUAGUUCUUCUUUGUAGAAUGCCAUGUGCACAGACUAAAAAUCCAAAUUGGGAUACAGAGCAAUGGCUGCCAUUGAUCGAAAAUAGACAAUUUCUUUCGUGGGUUGCAGAAGAACCUGAUGAUGAAGCCAAAUUAAAGGCCCGAUUAAUUACACCAAGUCAAAUAUCCAAAUUAGAAGCCAAAUGGAGAUCUAACAAGGAUGCCACAAUCAAUGAUAUCGAUAUUCCAGAGGAACAAGAAGAAAUUCCACCAUUAUUAUUAAGAUAUCAAGAUGCUUACGAAUACCAAAGGUCUUAUGGACCAUUAAUUAAAUUGGAAGCAGAUUACGAUAAACAAUUAAAAGAAUCACAAGCUUUAGAGCAUAUCUCUGUCUCAUGGUCCUUAGCAUUGAAUAAUAGACAUUUGGCCUCUUUCUCUUUAUCUACCUUUGAAUCCAACGAACUAAAGGUUGCAGUUGGGGAUGAAAUGGUUCUAUAUUAUUCAGGCUUGCAGCAUCCUGAUUGGGAAGGUCGUGGUUAUAUUGUACGUUUACCUAAUAGUUUCCAAGAUACAUUCACACUAGAAUUAAAGCCAAGUAAAACUCCACCACCAACACAUUUAACGACUGGUUUUACUGCAGAAUUUAUUUGGAAAGGUACAUCAUAUGAUAGAAUGCAAGAUGCAUUGAAAAAGUUCGCUGUUGACAAAAAAUCUAUCUCAGGUUACUUGUAUUACAAGAUUCUUGGUCAUGAUGUUGUAGAUAUUACAUUUGAUGUCCCACUUCCAAAGGAAUUCUCCAUUGCACAUUUUAAUAAAUUAAAUGCGUCACAAUCACAUGCUGUUGAACAUGUACUGCAAAGACCAUUAUCGUUAAUACAAGGUCCCCCAGGUACUGGUAAGACAGUCACUUCUGCUACCAUUGUGUAUCAUCUUGCUAAACUACAUAAGGAAAGAAUUUUAGUGUGUGCCCCUUCUAAUGUUGCGGUAGAUCAUUUAGCUGCCAAAUUACGUGAUCUUGGCUUAAAAGUGGUAAGGUUGACUGCAAAAUCAAGGGAAGAUGUUGAAAGUUCUGUCUCUGAUUUAGCGUUACAUAAUUUAGUGGGUAGAAGUUCCAAAGGUGAAUUGAAAAAAUUAUUAAAAUUAAAAGAAGAAGUGGGUGAAUUAUCAGCUUCUGAUACAAAGAAGUUUGUUAAAUUGGUCAAAAAGUCUGAAUCUGAGAUCUUAAAUAAAGCUGAUGUUGUUUGCUGUACUUGUGUUGGUGCUGGUGAUAAACGUUUAGAUACAAAAUUUAGAACAGUAUUAAUUGACGAAAGUACGCAGGCUACUGAACCUGAAUGUUUAAUUCCAAUUGUCAAAGGCGCAAAACAAGUAAUUUUGGUUGGUGAUCAUCAACAAUUGGGUCCGGUUAUUUUAGAAAGAAAAGCAGCAGAUGCAGGGUUAAAACAAUCCUUGUUUGAAAGGCUAAUUUCUCUAGGACAUGUUCCAAUCAGACUUGAAGUUCAGUAUCGUAUGAAUCCACAUUUAAGUGAAUUCCCAAGUAAUAUGUUUUACGAGGGUAGUUUACAAAACGGUGUUACUAUUGAACAAAGAACUGCUACAAAAAGUUCAUUCCCAUGGCCUAUACAUGGUGUACCAAUGAUGUUCUGGGUAAACUAUGGUAGAGAAGAAAUAUCAGGCAAUGGUACAUCAUAUCUAAACAGAAUUGAGGCUAUGAACUGUGAACGUAUUAUAACAAGAUUAUUUAAGGAUGGUGUAAAACCAGAACAAAUUGGUGUUAUUACUCCUUAUGAAGGUCAGAGAGCAUAUAUUUUACAAUAUAUGCAAAUGAACGGUUCUAUGGAUAAGGAAUUAUAUGUUAAAGUUGAGAUAGCAUCUGUAGAUGCAUUUCAAGGUCGUGAAAAAGAUUAUAUCAUUUUGUCUUGUGUUCGUGCAAAUGAACAGCAAGCUAUUGGUUUCUUAAGAGAUCCUCGUCGUUUAAAUGUAGGUUUAACACGUGCAAAAUAUGGGUUGGUUAUCCUUGGAAAUCCAAGAUCUUUAUCUAAAAACCUAUUGUGGAACCAUUUAUUAAUUCACUUCAGAGAAAAGGGCUGCUUGGUUGAGGGUCCAUUAGACAACUUACAAAUCUGUACUGUUCAAUUGACGAAGAUGCAAUCAAGAAAGGAGAAUCAUUAUGAAGAAACUUCCAACAGGCAAUUCGACAUGGGAAUGGGAAUGGGUGUUGACAUGGGGAACCAAGCUUUUAAUCAAGGAUUUGAUAUGCAAAAUUUCAUGUCUUUCCAGAUUCCAGGUACCAACAUACCAUUUGUUCCUGGAUUAGAUUCUAAUAAUGAUUUUAUGUCUUAUGCCAAUAGUGGUACUUGGAAUUUUGGUAAUUUUACCAGUCCAUAUUCUAUGAGCAACGAUCCUAAUCUAAAUAAUAACAUUUAUCAAGGUCUAGAUCGUCCAUUAGAUUCAAACUAUGCUCAAAAAUUAGAUAAUGCCGAGGAAAGUCAGAAUAAGAAGAGCAAUAGUGAUGUAUUAACAAAAGGGUUUUCUUCUUUAGAAAUUUAA